AUGCAGGCCGUGUUUCGAACAGAAUUUCCAUUAGAAAUUAAUACAUCAUUCAACUUCACAAGUUCAAAUGAAAUACCCUCUAGUUUAACAACUCCAUCAACACUCGAAGUUAUAUCAAAUGAAAUUAUUGAUUAUUUUGAAACACAUCGUGAACAAAUUCCACUGCUUAUUAUUGUUUAUCUAUUGACUAUCUUUUGGAUUAUCUAUCUGAUAUUAUAUCAUUCCCGGAUACAGGGCAUUGCAUUAUCAUAUUUAUUACGAAGGUUUUAUUUUAAAGAUGCAGCACAAUUUAAAUUUGAUUCAUUUUCAAUAUCAUUUAUAUCCGGCUCCAUUAUGUUUAGAAAUUUACAUUAUACAACGGGAAGUUAUUAUGUCUAUAUUAAAGAUGGUUGUUUAACAUUUCGUUAUUGGUCUAGAACAACUAAAAAAUCAGCAAUACGCUUAAAGAUUUUACUUUAUUGUGUUGACAUACAACUUUUCAGUCCGAUUCGUUCAAAUACAUUUUCUGACACAAAUAAUUCAAAUGAAGAUUUGCGAAAAGGAUCAACUUCUGGCAUUUCAACAAAAGUGGAUGAAUCAUCCAAUGUAAAUACAAUUAAUAACAAUGAAGAACGAUUUUUUGUACAAAGUUUACGAAGUCUCUUUCCAGCUAUUGAAAUCAAAGUUGAUUAUGGCCGAAUUUCUAUUGGACAUGACACAGUACCAUAUGGUUUAUUAAUAAGUUUUAAUACCAUGAAUAGUACAUUUUCUAGUGAAUCACCAUCCAAAUAUGUUCCACAUAUUGAUUUAAUGACACUGAUUUAUAGCAUAACAUAUAAAAAUCUUCGAAUCCAAUUCUAUCCAAUUAAAGCAUUUACAGGAGAGCGUCAUGACAUUUUCCCUCCUACUCAACCGUCUAAAACUGUUGGUGAUGGCGUAUUUCAAGUUUUCGAAUGUUCCGAAGGUGAAUUUGAAUAUAUACAAGAUGUACCUGGCAAAAUGAUUGAACCAUCAGCAGAUGGUGAAUCGAUACCUGAUGUACUAUGGGAAAUUCGUAUGAAAUGUAAUAAAGAAACAAAAAUUGCCUAUGGACCUUGGGCAGAUCGGCAAAGAGAAUUGUUAUGGCAAUAUUUUCUACCAACUCUAUAUGAAGAGUCUCCUAUAACAAAUGAACCAACGGCUGGUCAAACACGAAUAUUUAAAUCAGUACAUUUUAAAUUAUUACUUAAUUGCUCAACAAAAUUAGAUCUUUAUUUUAUGAAUAAAACGAAACUUCAACAACUUCAUAUCGAAUGUCCUGCCAAAGGUUCCUAUGUCGACGCAGUAUUUCCGUUUUCGACACAACCCGAUGGUUUCGAUACAUUUCUCUCGGUCAAUCUAUUAAAAACUAUAAUGCAAACGAAUUUAUCAUUUUCACCAUUAGUGGAAGCUGAUAAUGUUCAUAUUAAACUUCACAUUCAUUAUCCUCGUUUGUGGAAUUCAUUACAACUAUGGUUCAUUGAUAUUGCUGCAAAAAAAGCUCAAAUUUAUUUUGUUUUCGAACAUAAAAACUUUUUUCAAGCUCUGAUCAAUGAUUGGUCAUCAUCAUUACCACCUGAUAUUUAUUCAUUCGCUCCAUUUAUUUAUAAUAUUACUCUACGUGGUGAUCAUAUUGAAUUAUUAGUUCCAUGUAAUCAAGGAAAUUGGCUCGAUUGUUCAAAUGUGAAAACGGCUGAGAAUAAUUAUCUAUCCUUAUGUGCUAAAACACUUGUAUUGACUUAUCCAUUAGCGUUCUUUGAAUUUUGCCCAAAAAAUACAUCAAUGGAUUUAACAGUUGAAGUUAGCGAUGUACUGGCUCGUCUUGUUUUACCACGAAACAAUCGAAUGUAUUAUGUCAUCGAAGGAAUUGAUAUGCAUAAACAAUUUUAUACUCCCAAUGGUAUUAAAUCGCAUUUAUCAUUAUUAGAUGUUUUUGAUACACGAGAUAAUUGCUUUGAAUGCGGUGAAGUCGCUCAUAUAAAGAUUCUUGUGCAAAUUCUACUUCAUUCUUCACCACCCAUCGAUCUGAAUCGAACAGAUCUUCAAUAUGUUCAACACGUAAAAUCCAUUGGCAACCGACAAACAUUUCAUCCAAAUAAGCUUGAAUAUGACAUAUUUAAUAUUGAACUUGAUAUGGGUCCUGUUAAUUUACUUUUACAUGGAUUAUUCUUAAAAAACCUGUGGUGGGUUAAAGAUAAUUUAUUUGGUUGGAAUCAAGUUUAUCAUGAUAUACAUGAGUCAGAGUUAAUCCGUCAAAAUAAGAUUAUUGUAAACGAUGAUCCACUCCUUGACAUGAUCGAUGAAAAUCAACCAUUUGAUCCACGCUAUUUUCGACCACUCAUGGUUACGCUACGUGUUGCUCUGCAUAAUAUAACAGGUCAUCUUCUUCAUCAUACCGAUCUUGAGCCUUGUCCCAUUGGUUUUUGCGAACGAUUGUGUGUUGAAAUGACAACUAAUUUAGAUGAAACAAAAUUACAAGUAUUGUUUUUACCUGUGAAUAUCUAUGUGGAGGAUACAAUUGUUAGAAAUAAAGCUGAUCAACAGUUAUCUACUGGAAGUCUUCAAUUAUCUGGUUUAAUCAUUCGUGGUCAUGCAAUGCUGUCUCAUGAAGGUCUACCACCAGAACGUGAAACACUUGAAUAUGCAUGGCAAAUGGAUAUUCUACUUGGUAAAGCAUCAGCUCGUUUAACAACAAUUCAGGUGGAAAAACUGCUUUGCUUCCUGAAAAAUUUCUAUUUACAAAUGAUGGAAGAUGAGUAUACAUUGGUGCGGUCACCUAUCAUGGAUAAAACAAAAUGGGUUGAGAAACUUAAAUACGACGUACUCAGAUUUAGUUUAGAUUCAGUGGAUCUUAGUCUGAUUGAAGUUGGAAAUGCUCUUCAUGCGCAAGUUGCACCGGUUCGUUUAUGCAUGUGUAAUAUGCAUACAAGCUCAUGCAACGAAGGUCUAACACUAAAAGUGGGUACAAUUCUAAUUCGUCAAUUACUUCGUCUCUAUCCUGGUUCAUGGUUAGAAGCUGGUUCUAUUCAUGUGCCUGAAUUACGUAUGAAUGGAAAAUUCGACUGUCAUCCUCCAACAUCAGUUAAUCUAAAUCAACAAAUAGAAUUUCUUCUACGGCACGACCAACAAAUGCAUAGGCUUCAUUUUCUCUACAACACAAAAUCUCAACAAGUAGCAACAACAACUUCAAGGCGACCAUCCAAUCUUGGUUUACAAGCAAGUGUAACUCUUUCGUCUUGUGCUUGUCUUGGCGGUUCAGCAAACUAUUAUACACUUGUGCAAGGUGAACACUUUUUUAAAAGUACAUUUCGUCUUAGUGAACAACCGUCGUUUGGCCGUUCUCUAUUUCGGCCUGACCUUCAUGUUAUACAUUCUCAUCAUGUAUUUCAACAGAAAUAUCAUUGGGAUACAUAUCAACGUUCGUCUGUACCAGAUGAACAAUUAAAUGAUGAAGAAAUAUUUUAUCCAUUUGAUUUUUGUACACAACAACAAAAUUUGAACGAAGACGAAAUAGAUAGUCUCGACGGAAAUGAUCCAAAGUCGAAUACGACUAGAAUAUUUUCUGGAGUAGCACGAUCAAAUUCGUUUACACACAAAAAACAUAAAAAUUCAUUUGAAAAAAAAUCUCACAAACGUUCAUCAUCAUCGAUACCAUUAUUUAAUAAUGCAACUAGCGGCUCACGAUCAUCAUCAUCAGUAACAACAAAUGAUAGUUAUUUAACGCCCAAAGAAAAUGCAUCAUUAAAUAAUUCAAGAGAAAAGAGCUUAAAUCAUAUUACCGAAUCAUCAUCAUCAUCAUCAAAGCCUUUACAUUUCAAUUUACUAUCAAAAUCUGUCGAUGAACAAAUUGUAUCAUUAACAUCUUCAAACUCAUCAUCAUCUUCAUCAUCAAAUGAUUCAUUAGCAGCUUUAGAAGAAAUAUUGCAAACACCAAAACCAGAAAAUAGUUCAACACUAUUACCACAAAAAAGUGUCUCAUCAAAUACCGAAUACAACUCGAUUCCUCAACCUUCAUUGUUCACACCUUCCUGGAUUAGCUUACGCAGCCAAAUGAAAAUGCCUAUACAAAAAUCUACCUUACUAUCUACAACUUACAUAAGAUAUCUAUCUCAUUAUCGCUCAUCGACGUGGUCAAAUGUUCCUUCGUUUCCUCCAUUGAUUCAACAGGAUCAAAUCAAUCAUCAUCCAUUACUUGAUUUCAAUUGUGUUUCACAAGGUUUUUCAUGUUCAUUUUUGUCUGAAUCGUUAUCAUCAUCACCAUCACGUCAACACUAUCCAUCGUAUUAUACUCGAACGCGUGCAUCAAUAGGGGCAACAUUUACUUCAUCAAAUAUCAUCGCAACUGAAAAUGAACUCUGUCUUCGAUUCAAAGGACCGUUAAAUAUACUUUUAACGCCACUUAUGCUCGAAUGUCUAACAGCAUAUAUUGAAAAAUGGAAAACAUAUGAACUUCAUCCAAUGUCUAUUCUUGAUGAUCUUCAUUUUCAAGCUCAAACAACAGCAAACAUUCCAUCUACAUCAAUCGAUUUGUCGGCAACAAAACUUUCUGUACAACUAUCUAAAAUAAACAUUUGUCUAUUACAAGCGGGCUUAGCAGAAGAUCACGUCCAAUUGACUGAACUGCGACGACCAGUAGAUAUUGUUACUAUGUCAUUAUUUGCUCUGUCGUGUAAAGAUAUUCAAAUGGAAACAAUUUUAUCGAAACGUGACCAAUCAACAGCUGGUGUUUUUAAAAUUUCAUCAAUCACAGGACAAUUUCGUCGUUUUGAAAACGAUUUUUCAUCCAUUGAGAAUGUCAACAUUCAUGCUAUACAAUCGCAACGUUGUCGUUUACAAUUCCAUAUGCCAAAUGAUAUUCGAACACAUUUACCGAUUGGUGAUAAUAGAAGAAAUGUUGGUUUUGUGAUGAAUGAAUUUGGUUUGCAACGUCUUUGUUUUAAAUUAAUAAAUAAUGCAGCUAAACAGCAGCAAGAAGAAAGACAACAGACUGUAUCAGUUAUAACCGAAGUUAAUGAAAUACAAACAGCUAAACCAUCAACGAAGCAUAAAUCAAAGCGAAAACAAACCGAACCAUUACUUCCGUCUCCUACGACGAACACUCCACCAAAUACAAUUUCGCCGCCGAAAAAUUCAUUAUCAAGUAGUAUAUUCGAUGGUUCUAUUGAUCAUGUAUGGAUAUCAUUUCCUGAACCUCCACGUCAUACACAAUCAACAUCGAAUUCAUUGAAACGGGUACAUUCAAAUCCAUCGUCUAACACACAGCAACUUUCAGCUCAAAAGAAACUUUCUUCAUAUACUCGUUAUGACUGGAAUUUUCUUUCUACCUUGUCACCAACUGUUCUUGGCUGGUUUUGCGUUAUAAAUCGUGUUAAAAAACCGGUGAAAAAAUUCCUUAAAAAACGUGAAAAACGUAUUGAUACUGUUUUAGCUUAUUUCCUUAUUGAAAUCGCAACAUUAUCGACUUUACAACAAAGUAAAUUAUAUGAAUUAUUUACUCCGAAAACCAGAUUUUUUAUUUCAUAUCCUGUUUGUCAAAUGAUAACUGAAUUUCGAAAACACUUCAAUAGAAAUGCACAGAUCAAUAUUGAUCUUCUUUCAAAUAUAAUACCAGAAAUAGAAAUAUUAAAACAAGGUAUACGUGAAGCCUGUCGUGGUUGGGCUCAAGCUUUUAAACACAAAUCAUCGCCGACAUCGUUAUCAACUCUUGGACAUGACGCUACUGUAGAAAAUUCAGGUGUUCGAAAACGUACAGCAGUACAAAAAACUCGAUCGAACGCAAGUGAUGCGCUACGACGUCUUGAACCAACUGCCAACAUCAAUAAUACAGCUGGCUAUAGACGAUUAAGUGUUGGCAUGAACGAAUCCGAUUUAGUUCAAAAUACCAAUAGUAGUCGAUUGAAUAAUCCACCAGCUUAUUAUACAGAUGCUAGUUCAGUUGAAGAGCUAUUUAAAAUUUUACUUGAAUAUGCUGGUGUAAGAUUAUCGGUGACAUCAUCGAUUGAACCGCUGUUUGAAAAAUUAGGUCAGACAGUUUUAGCAACAGUCCAAAUUAAAAAAUUCGAUGUUAAAAUUUUACCCAAUGAACUCAUCAAUGAUGCUCAACUAGCUAUAUUAAAUCCAUCAGUUGAAUUAACAAUACUUAAUGUAACUAAUUUAAAUAUUCAGAGUGUUUGUAAACAAUCUCGUGAACAUAAUCAAUUACAUUCAGCAAAUGUUCAAGCUGGUAUUCGUGUGCAAAGUGUCAAACAAGAAGUUAAUCUGUCAUUAUUACGUCUUGUCUAUCAAUUUUAUACUGUUGUUAGUAAUGCAUUUGAAUAUAUCGACAUGGAUGAAUUGGUUAAAACAGAUGCAAACAAUUUUCAAGCAGUUAAUGAUAGUUUAGAGAGUCGUUCUCGAACAACGACAAUCACUGAUAAUCAAGAAAAUUAUAUUGAUAAAUCUAAUAAAAAGUCUCCUCCUAUUAAUAAUAAUAAUAAUGACUUGAUUGGUGCCGAAAGGCAGUGCUGGAAAAGAUUACGAAAACUUGUAGCCACUUAUGAAACAUCAAUCGAUAUCAAAAAUUUAUCUUCGACAACGAAAAACCAACGAAACGACUCACAAAUGUCCAGUGAUGAUAGUUUAGAAGAACAUGGAAAAGAAUCAUUUAGAUUACUACCAAAACAGAAUGACAUUAAACAUGAAACGCUUUUACUUUCAGCAUUCGGUUGGUUAAUUAUUGAUGACAUAUAUUAUGCAGCUUCAUUAGGUGGCUUGAAAGUUGAUGGUUGUAUGAGGAAAGUUCAAGGAAGUAUUUCAUUAUCACAACGGCUUCGAAAUCUACAAGCAAAUACAAAUAUUCAUAAUGCGAAAAAAUACGAUGGUUCAUUGAUCGUUCAAAUUGCUUCCACUUCUCUGUCUCUUAAAGAAACUCUUUCAACGUCUUCGGAUUCUUCCUCGCACAUAAAUACUUCUACUUCAUAUCAAGCGACUACUACGAAUCCAACAUUGCCAACUCAAGAAAUAUCUGUACUCGAUAUUAUUAUUGGUAAAUCGCAAGCAUUAACAUCUCUUCAAACUCGUGGAAUAAAUAAUCUUCGAUUGAGCGGUGUCACAAAUAUUGGCACAAUCGCAAUGGAUGUUCCAUUACGACCACAAGAAGUUCACGAUUUAGUUAAUCGUGCAGGUCGUUUAAUAACAUCUUAUGUUCAAGAAUUUCUUCCCGAUGAUACCGAACAACCGUCUAGCGCGACAUCAAACCUGAACAAUGAUGAAUCAGAUCAAACGAAUACAAACAUCGAUGAUACAAUUACAGAAAUCAAUGUACCUUCGAUAUCUGUACCGAUUUCAACAAAACGACAUUUAAAUAUUCAUCAAGAACCAAAACUGUCAUCGAAUGUAACAACGAAUCUAUUGGAAACUCAGACGAGUCUAUUGUCGAUAUCAAAACGACCUAUUUUCGAAGUUCAUAUAACGGCACAUUGCAAAGGAAUGACAUUUUCAACAACACUUCUGUCAACUCUCAAAGCUCAAUAUAAAAUUGGUGUCGUCGAAGGUGUUGCCAAUCUUGGUAUAACAACGUCGCGUUUUACUGCUAUUGUUCAUGAGCAUGCAUUACAUUUUUUAAAUAACAAUAAUACAAAUAAUCCGUAUCAACUACCGACAGUUAGUUCAGAUAAUCACGUCCGCAUUGAUUUUCCACAGAUUCGUUGCUAUGGCAAUUAUAUUGCCGGACAAGAACAAGAUAAUAAACCAAAGGGACGUUUAAAUCUUCGUACAAAAAUUGAUCUACUUAAAUUAACUAUCACAGCUGAUUUUCUUGCACAAUUAGUUUUUGUUUCGAAAGUAAUUAUACAUGAAAUAAAUGAAAUACUUGAGAAAGUAUCUGGUGUUGAUCAUUUUCAAUUUAAACCAACUGAAGUCGUACCUAAAACAAAACGUUCCAAAUCAGCAGAUGAUAUAAUUGAUAAUGAUAUUAAUGAAGAUGAUGAUGAAGAAGAAAAAAUACCAACAACGCCUUUCAUCUAUACAAUUAAUAUAUCAAUGAAAGGUUUUGAAGUCAUGGGAAAAACACCAUCGAAUACUAUUGUUAAAUUUGAAAAUGGUGAUAAAAAAUUACCAAUUUUAAUUAAAUUAACCAAUUAUGACGAACAAAAUUCCUUAUUACUGUAUGAAAAAUCAUUAAUUAAAGCUGCGCUUAAUAUUAAAAUUAGCUUAGGACAAUUAUUACCUACGGGAAAUUUUCAAGAUGCUGCUUAUUUUAAAACAAAAUUACUUUUAAAAAAUUCUUUUCAAUUUGAUGAGAUCGAAAAAAAAGCGUAUUUUAUUCGUUUAACAAAACCAAGUUUCUAUUGGCAAUCGGGUGCUAUCGAUAAAGGAAUUCUUUUUUGGCUAAAUUAUAAAAAUACCUAUGACUAUUGGAACGAACAACGCGGUGCAUUUACUACACCAACAAGUGACUCUAGAAGCAUACGUUCAUUAGUGAAUGUUCAGCCCUCGCCAACGACAACCAAUGAACUCAAUCUUAUGUUUCAAUUACAUAUUAUUGAUUUAGGUGUUGCAAUUCCACUUCAACAAAUUGAUCAACCGACAAAACUUUCUUCGGCAUCCAAAACAACAACAGAUUAUCAAUCGAAUGCAACACUAAAUCAACGACAUGCUUACAUGACAUUCGACGAGAGUACUGAUUUUCUUGUGUUUACUCUCGAUCAAACAACAAUCUCUGCAUGUUCAUGCGGUGCUAUUAUGAGUUCUGGCUCGUUUGAAGGUUUCUGUUUUCGUUUUGCGGAAAACUUUCAACAGACAAAUCCAGAUUGGAAACCUAUCCGUUCAUCAAAUUCGCAAUCCAAUACAAUUUUAAAUGCGUGUUGUGUACCAAGUGGUCAUUAUUCAAUGCAUUCACGCGCUAAACAUAUAGAAAAUUUCAAGAGACCAAAAUGGUUUCUAAAUGUUCAAUGGAACAUGAAAGGUAUCGAUAUAAACAUUGAUUCAAUUAUAAGUAAACGUUUUUCACAAUUAAUACGAACAAUAACAUCAACACAACUAAUUGAAGUUACGGAUAAUCUAAAUAAUGAUGAUGAUUUAUCAAAGAGUUCAGAUUCGAGUCAUCUACAAAAUGGAAAUGCAAUCAAUACUGGCGAUAAAAAGGAUCCAAGUGAAGAUGAUGAACGAAGAAAAAGAUUAGAAUAUGAAUAUUCUAUAUUGGGACAAAAAAUUGAAGCACUCAAACGAGCACAAGCACCGUCGGAAAUUUUAAAACCUGAAGAAGCACGUUAUCGUUGGCUAGAAAAAGAGCUGCUACAUACAGUUAAAACUGAAAUACAACAAAAAAUGAAGAAACAAUCCAAUAAGACUUCACUCAAUCGUGAUCGUAAUCGAACACUUCUAUCAACCUUAAGUGUACCAAAUCAUAAACAAACAUCAUCAGCAGAUUAUUUGAACCCAUUGAAAAAUGUCAAAUCGGAAAUGAUUCCACAUGAAUUACAAACGCCUUCAUCAACAAUAUAUGAGGAAGCACACGAAAGUACAGCAUCAUUUACGCCAACUAUGGCUGCUCGUACUUCAUCAAAUGAACCUGACGAAGCUCAAUCGAACUCUUCGCCUAGUCUCAGUAGUCCAAGUGAAAUAACAUCAACUCCAGCAGUGGAUUUCGAACUUAAUUUACAAAUUGAAAUCUCUAGUGGUUCUUGUAAUCUUUAUACACGUCGUGAUCUUAUUGCCCAUUCACCGUUAACAAACAAUUUAACUAAACAACAAAAACAAGCAACACUUGGCUUAAUACAAAUCAUCAAUAAAAUUGAAUAUCAAGUAUCACAAUUUUCUCUACCAGGCUUCGAUGUUGAUGCCAAUUAUAAUACAAAACAUGCUAAUGUAACAAACAAAUCGUUAAAUAAACGAGCAAGUUUCUAUUGUCGUGCUAUGAUACAAUCACCGGCAACACAAAUUAUUAUUCAUCCUAUAUUACUCGAUUUUCUCGAACAAACACUUGAAUAUGUAAAAUUGCCACGCGAACAACAAAGACGAUCAAAUAUACGAGAUGAACACGCACAGGAUCAAAAUUCUGAUAAUGAUCAUUUAGAUAAUAUAUUUUUAAUCGAAGAUCAAACAUCGUCAACUUCGAUUCCAAUUGAUGUUGUUGUUAGUAUAUUUAUACAACCGUGUGUUCUUCUCUUUACAUGUUUGCCAACACAUCCUAUGGAAUGUGAACUUCGUCUGCCUGCUGUCGACGUUGUUUUUUCAUCAAAUCGUACUUUAUCCGAUAAAAUUUCAUCGUCAAAUAAUGAAAAUCUCAAUGGACAAAUAUUCGAAAAUUCUCUAUUUGGCUUAAACUUUUCAAUCUACAUGAAAGAUUUUAAAUUAAAUGUUUAUCAUCCAUUUUCGGGUGAAUCUAAAGUGCAUCUAUUUGAAGAUAUACGUUCCGGACAAUUACAGACACGUAAUGCAUUAGCUAUGAGUGUACAAUCGGUCUCGAUAAAUAUUUCACGUACACGUUACGUAUUGAUUAAUGAAAAAAAUGAAUAUUUAAAUAGUAUACAAUUAUCUAUUGUUGCACAAAUAUCCAGAGCACAAUUUGAAUACGAUAUAAGACGUUUUUCAGAAAUUUUAACUUUUCCAAAAAUUUGGUAUAAUCGUUCAUUGGCUCGGCGUCUUUUCUUUGGUGAUGAAAAUUUACCAACAGGAAUUCCACCAACAAAUCGAAUAACACAAACCCUAGCUCCAACAGCACAAAUAGCAUCAACCAUCAAUAAAAUACUACCUAAACAAGCACGUAUUAUAUUAGCUAUACAAUUAAAAGAAUUACAUAUAUCAAUGCGUAUGUCGAAUGUAAUGGGCAAAGUCGAAUGGAAUACAAAAGAUGUUUAUUCAACUGGAAGUUUAACAUUGACAAGUGAAGGAAAACGAACAUUUUUUCUUUCAUUAGGCUUACAAAAUUCUACAUUUCAAGCCGAACAAGGCAUUAUUGGUGGUAUUAUACGAUUGAAAAAUCUUCGAACAACAGGUCUUAUUAGUCAAGAUUUUCGUGAUCGAUCUCUUCUUGUUGAUGCUUCUCAUUUGAUGAAUAUUCUCACGGAUGCCAUUGAAAUUCGUAUUGAUUAUAUGGGUUCACCAACUCUGAUGGGUCGUAUAUGUCACAUCUUACUUCAAUUAAACGAUGAUCGAAACACCGAAACCGAAAGCAAUGCAAUGCCUUCGUCAACAUUAGUUUUACUAAAUCUUCGUUGGUCACAAUUACAUUUAAUGAUUACACGUUCGACAACACCCGAUAUUCUAAAAAUGGCAAUGAAAUUAACGGAAUUUGUUAACGCACAAAUAGCUAAUUCGAAAAAUUUGUUAUCAUCCAUUCAAUAUGAUUUUAGUAGCGAUCAGAAGAAUAUUCAUAUAAAAAAAUCUUCCAAUGUACCAGCUAAAUAUGAUAUAAGUGUUAUUAAAAAACACGUUGGAAUGAAUGGUGGAGAAAUAAUGUUACAAGGUCAUAAUUUAACAAUCGUUAUUUUUCAUGGAUUAAAUUUUAAAUCACGCCAAUGGGCUUUAUUUUCACUUAAUGAACCACAAAUCAAUUUUGUUACCGAUCGAGGAGCAGAGGGCGAUAUUAAUCAAAAACUAUUCUUUUAUUUGGAUCAUCAAAGUCAAACAACAUUUUCAAGUUCAAAAUCUCGUUCAAAUAUCGCUUCAAUUUCUCGAGUUACACGCAACAGCAAUGAACCACCUGCGCAUUUAACCAUCAAUGAAUGGUUUAAUUAUGCAAGUUCAACAAUUUCAGCUGUUGGUUUACGUGAUUUUCCAACAAUGGAUGAACCUGAAACACCUGCAUCAGCAAGCUCGUUUCGUUCAAGACAAUAUGAACUCAAUGCUGAAUCGAUAUUUAUUCUUCCAGCUCUCGAACUACGUUUUCAAACACGACAAUUAAAUGGACAAGUACAUUGUAGUUUUGAAACGGAAUUUUAUGAACAUAUUAUGUUUACAUUUAAUGCCGAACAUUUUUAUUUUUUACAUGAUCUUAUAUCUUCCUACAUAAAAGAAAAAGAACGAACAUCAGUAACAGUCAAUAAUGAUAAAACUCGCCAGCGAUUAACUACAACAUCAUCUACUUCAAGUGACAAUCAAAUACCUCCACCGUUAGAUGAACUACGAAGUGAUGAUAUACGUCGUUUUAUAUGUCCCGAUUCGAAAUGGAAAUUACAGCCAACGAUCAAACUUUUGACAGCCUAUGGAAAUGAAGUUGAACCAUUUGGUGCUGAUUAUAUUUUACAAAAAUUAGGCUUUCGUCAUGCACGUUUAACUAUUCCUAAAUGGGUUCAACGUGGAAUUAUGGAUCCAUGUGAACAAUCAAUGACGAUCGUACAAUUAAUUCUUAUUUUUCUUCUACCUGAACGUUUUAAAGAGUUGUGCAUGAAACAGUGA